AUGUCUGAGCGAGGAGACCUGAAUCAGGCGAGAGUGGAGGAAGGAGGGACGGAGCCGGAGACGGCUGCCCCGGAGAAUGGCAUCGUUAAGUCGGAAAGUCUGGAUGAGGAGGAGAAGCUGGAACUGCAGAGGCGGCUGGCGGCUCAGAACCAAGAAAGAAGAAAAUCCAAGUCAGGAGCGGGCAAAGGGAAACUGACUCGUAGCCUUGCGGUGUGUGAGGAGUCAGCCAGGCCAGGAGGUGAAGGACUGCAGGACCAGGAAUCAAUUCAUUUACAGCUUUCCAGUUUCCCCAGCCUGCAAGAGGAGGAUAAAUCUAGGAAAGAUGACUCUGAAAGAGAAAAGGAAAAGGAUAAAAACAAAGAUAAAUCCUCUGAAAAGCCCAAGAUCAGAAUGUUAUCGAAAGAUUGCAGUCAAGAAUAUACGGAUUCUACAGGCAUAGACUUACAUGAAUUUCUGAUUAACACAUUAAAGAAUAAUUCCAGGGACAGGAUGAUACUUUUGAAAAUGGAGCAGGAAAUUAUUGAUUUCAUUGGUGACAACAAUAAUCAUUACAAAAAGUUCCCUCAGAUGUCAUCGUAUCAGAGGAUGCUUGUCCAUCGAGUGGCAGCUUACUUUGGAUUGGACCAUAACGUGGAUCAAACAGGAAAAUCAGUUAUCAUCAACAAGACCAGCAGCACCAGAAUACCAGAGCAAAGGUUUUGUGAACAUUUAAAAGAUGAAAAAGGUGAAGAAUCCCAGAAGCGGUUUAUCUUGAAGCGAGAUAACUCUAGUAUUGAUAAAGAAGACAAUCAGCAAAACAGAGUGCAUCCAUUUAGAGAUGACAGACGAAGUAAAUCAAUUGAAGAGAGAGAAGAGGAGUAUCAGAGAGUGAGGGAGAGAAUAUUUGCACACGAUUCAGUUUGCUCCCAGGAAAGCCUUUUUGUGGAGAACAGUAGGCUCUUGGAAGACAGUAACAUAUGCAAUGAGACCUAUAGGAAAAGACAGCUCUUUCGGGGCAACAGAGACGGUUCAGGGAGGACGUCCGGGAGUCGGCAGAGCAGCUCGGAGAACGAACUGAAGUGGUCUGACCACCAACGGGCCUGGAGCAGCACGGACUCCGACAGCUCCAACCGCAAUCUGAAACCUGCCAUGACCAAAACAGCGAGUUUUGGGGGCAUCACGGUGCUGACCCGGGGUGACAGCAUGUCCAGUAACAGGAGUACCGGGAAGCUGUCCAAAGCAGGUAGUUCCGAGUCUUCCAGCAGUGCAGGCUCCUCAGGAUCGCUGUCUCGCACCCACCCACCUCUCCAGAGCACACCGCUGGUCUCGGGAGUGGCAGCUGGUUCUCCUAACUGUGCUCCCUAUCCGGAGAAUGGAAUGGGAGGCCAAGUCGCUCCCAGCAGCACCAGCUACAUCCUCCUUCCACUGGAAGCCGCAACAGGCAUCCCCCCCGGGAGCAUCCUUCUGAAUCCACACACAGGCCAGCCUUUUGUGAACCCUGAUGGGACUCCUGCUAUAUACAACCCACCUGCCAGCCAGCAGCCUCUGCGGGGCACGAUGGUGGGGCAGCCCCAGCAGCAGCCCCAGCAGCAGCCGUCGCCUCAGCCCCAGCAGCAGGUGCAGCCACCACAGCCACAAAUGGCAGGGCCCCUGGUCACUCAGUCUGUCCAGGGGCUGCAGGCUUCCUCCCAGUCAGUGCAAUAUCCGGCGGUCUCUUUUCCUCCCCAGCAUCUCCUGCCUGUGUCUGCAACGCAGCACUUCCCCAUGAGAGACGACGUGGCGACACAGUUCAGCCAGAUGAACCUGAGCCGGCAGUCCUCGGGAGAGACCCCGGAGCCCCCACAGGGUCCUGUCUACCCAUCCUCCCUCAUGCCACAGCCUGCCCCGCAGCCCAGCUACGUCCUCACCUCUGCGGGCCAGCAGCUUCCAACGGGAGGAUGCACAGGCUCUGGCCCUCCCAUCUCCCAGCAAGUCAUCCAGCCCCCGCCAUCCCCACAGGGAUUUGUGCAACAGCCUCCACCUGCACAGAUGCCUGUCUACUACUACUCGUCUGGUCAGUACCCUACCUCAACCACGCAGCAGUACCGGCCCCUGGCCUCAGUACAGUACAGUGCCCAGAGAAGUCAGCAGAUGCCGCAGGCAGCGCAACCAGCAGGUUACCAGCCAGUCUUGUCUGGUCAACAGGGGUUUCAAAGCUUAAUGGGAGUGCAGCAGCCGUCUCAAAGUCAGAGCGUGAUAAGCAACCAACAAGGGACUCCGGUGCAAAGCAUGAUGGUUUCCUAUCCAACAAUGUCUUCUUAUCAGGUGCCAAUGACCCAGGGUUCUCAAGGACUGCCCCAGCAGUCAUACCAACAGCCAAUCAUGCUGCCUAACCAGGCAGGUCAAGGGUCACUCCCAGCCACCGGAAUGCCCGUUUACUGUAAUGUCACACCGCCGACCCCUCAGAACAACCUUAGGCUGAUUGGCCCACACUGCCCCUCCAGCACCGUCCCCGUGAUGUCGGCUAGCUGCAGGACAAACUGUGCAAGUAUGAGCAAUGCCGCCUGGCAGGUCAAAUUCUGA